AGUUUUUACUUUUUAAUAUUAAAAUGAAUAUUUUUGUAUUAUAUUAUUUAAUUCGUUCCCUUGAGAAAGUAAACAGCAGUGCACUCUAUCAAAGAUCAAUCGCCAUUGUCGCAAAUGUUCAGGCGGGAAACUUAUCCAUUUGCUUAAUCGUACUGUUUGGUCAUUGGAGUGUUUUACUCUAAUCUUUAAUAUUUACUUCAAGGAAGAAAAUGGACUUAUCGACAUCCCAGAAAUUCACUCUUGGCUACGCUGCACUUGUUGGAGUAGGCGGAGUUAUGGGCUAUUUGAAGAGGGGCAGCCUUAUGUCUCUAGGCUCUGGUGGUGUAUCAUCUGCUCUACUUUACUACGUUUACACAGAACUUCCAAAUAAUCCAGCUUUUGCCUCAUCACUUGGGCUCGGGGUCUCUGCAACGUUGCUUGGCUCAAUGGGUUAUCGUUUUCAAAAGACUAAGAAGGUAUUUCCUGCUGGAGUUGUUGCUCUUCUUUCUCUUGGAAUGACGGGUGGAUACCUACACGGAAUUAUGCGAAGUCAUCACUAACGAUUACAUGUGGGACUUAUCAUGGUAUGGUAUUUGUUGGAACUUCGAUGUGAACCUUCUGUUGUCUGACAUUCAAAGGAUGUUAUUACCGGAAAAGAUGGAUAGGGGUGUGCAAUGUUGUUUUAUGCCAUGAUACUAAGGAUUACAUGUGGAAAUUUAUCUAAAUAAUUACCAAAAUGAGUUUGUAGCUCUUGCUUGUAUUUUGUAACUCCUACUACUAAUUGGUUUUAUUAAUGAACCUCCUUUCGGUUUGUAUUUGUUAGAAAAGAA